AUGGCUUCAAAUGCGGAGACCUUUCUCGCAUCAAAAGGGCCAGAUACGCUAAGGGACUAUCAUUGUGCGGCUUGCCAGGAGCUAGAGGCUCAGUUUCACUCUGAGGAAUGCUGCAAUGGUUUCUGCGCCAGCUGUGUGAAACUGCAAAACCAACUUUACAAGACUCACACUAUGUUUGGCAGAGAACGAAUGGAGAAAUGGCCGAUUGCCUCGUCAAUGUUGGAAUUUCUGGAGGUGCUAGUAUCAUCAGUGACUCCUCAUCGGCGAGACGGAGUCGGCCAGAUCAUACCGGUUCUCAGGGAUUGCACAGCAGAGAAGUUCUUCAAGCGUUCCCUCGAGAUGCGUGAACAUUUCCUGGGUACAAACCCCAUCGAUCUGGCGCAGUCCCUUAAUAACAUCGCAGCGCUGUUAACGAUCGGUAAAUUUGAAAAAGCUGAACCACUGUACAGACAGACAGUGGAGAUACGUGAGAGAGCGUUCGGUCCCGAGUAUCCAUCCGUGGCCACCGCGCUCGUGAAUCUGGCCGUGCUGUUGUCGCAACAGAACAAGCACAGCUUUGCGGAACCUCUGUAUGAACGUGCGUUGAAAAUAUACGAGGAAAGUCUAGGUGUGCACCAUCCAAAAGUGGCAGAAACUCAGCGGAACAUGGCCCUUCUGAAGUAUGAUCAGCAAGAAUUUGAGACAGCUGCCAAGCUGUACAAUCGUGCCACAAAAAUCAAGGAACAGGACACCUCAUAUCAGGUCAAGGACCUGUUGUCCGGACGUAGCUCCAGCGGUGAUACCACCUCCACUGUGAAGAACCACCUGCACCCAUGA